ACACAUGACUUCCUGUUUACUUCCUGGGUAUGUUUAUCGCCUGCUAAUCUUCAGUUUAUGAAAAUGCCAGGUGCCAAUUGUUCAAUAGUUGAAUGCCCUGCAUGCAGAACCAGACAUAAAGGGUUGUCAUUACACAAAAUUCCAUCAAAUACACCACAAAAUGCACAAUGGAGACAGUCUAUUAUACAUUCUGUAAACCGAAUAGACCCAAGCUUCAAUCCGGACACUGCAUUCAUUUGCUCACGCCACUCCAAGGAGAUAUGUUUUGACACUGGACCCACUGGAAGGCGUCAGUUGAAACAUGGCAGUCUGCCGACUGAAUUCAUGACAUCUAGGUCAAUAGAAACGCCGAAACCACCACCUCGGAAGGAGCCUGCUUUACAUUUUCUGUUUCAGGCUGCCAGAAAGCCACCAGCUCAGCCAGAACUGGUUCAAUAUUACAACAUUGAGGACGUGAAAAAAGAUCUUGUAAAGAUCAAGGCACCUUGGGUAGUUUUACCAGACAUUGGCAGUGUUGACACUAUCAGAAUUGGUCAACUAGAUACUGAAGGCUCCAAUAUUGUACUGUGUGUAACAAUAAAGAAUGACCUCUCGGUGCAGAUUUGUAUGUAUGGGUUUCCUGUUCACUGUAUCAAUGUUUCAGUGGAAAAGUGCAGGAUCACAAAAUUAUUACAAGACUUGGACUCUAGGCCAAAGUGUUAUGGAAUACAAGAAGCCCAUCUACAACAAUUUGCAGAAGUUCCAAAUUCAGGUUGUCUGUACUAUAGACAUGUAACAUACAUUUCACCCACACAGUGUGAGUCAACAGUUCGUGCUACGACAUGUCAACUAUUACUUGAGGUUGGACAACAAUCUCCAUGUCAUAACUGCCACAAUAUCAUCCAGUCACUAAAACGGAAACAUGCGACAGCGGUAGAUGAGAAACCACUUGGUGCGAAGGCUCCCCUACAUAAACUGGCUAAGGAGAAAAUCUUGAGAGCACUGAGGGUGUCAAGGCAAAAAGAAAAGCGUCUGAAUGCUGAAAUUCAUCGAAUCCAAAAGAAACUGGCAUCAGAUUGUGUAGAUAUCGACUCUGAAACUCAUAAUGGUCUGAAGUCUGUUCUCAUGGAGAAUACAGAUAAGGUCAAGGACCCACUAAUGAAACUAUUCUGGCAAGAACAGGUGAAGGCCUUUGGCCACAAGAACAAGGGAAUGCGAUGGCAUCCUGCCAUGAUUCGCCUUGCAAUACUCCUUCAUUCUCAAAGUACUCACGCUUACGACACCCUACGUAAGACUGGUAUAUUGAAGUUACCUGGCCAUUCCACCCUACGUGAUUAUUCGAAUGUCAUACACCCAAAAGCUGGGUUUCUACCAGAAGUUAUCCAGGAGCUGAGAAGGACUACUGCCAACUUGGAAGAUAAUCAGCGAUAUGUGGUACUAUUACAUGAUGAAAUGACCAUCAAGUCAGACUUGGUAUUUGAUCGUAGAAGCAGUGAAAUUGUUGGAUUCAUCAACCGUGAGCACUGGCAAUCUACAAUCGAGAUGGAUAAUCUAGCAACUCAUGCACUGGUGUUUUACAUUGUCGGGAUUAACACCAACAUCAAGAUGAGCCUUGGUUUUUUUGCUACAAAAACUGGUACAGCUGAUGUGUUACAUCCAUACAUGUGGCAGGCUAUUUCAUAUCUGGAGUCAUCGUGUAAGCUGAAGGUUAUCUGCUCAACCAGUGAUAAAGCGUCCCCCAAUCAGAAAUUGUACAGGCUGCACAAUGGCGGAAGUUGCUGCUACAAGACGGUGAAUCUGCUGGCACGUGACAGAUACUUGUACUUCUUCUCUGAUGUUCCGCAUCUCAUCAAAACAGUGAGAAACAACCUCUCAAAAUCAGGAUCUAAUUCAAAUACCAAAUAUUUUUGGAACAAUGGCCGUCAUCUGCUGUGGAAACAUAUUGUGGACCUUUAUCAACAAGAUACCAAGAUUGAACUUCACCGAACCAGGCUAACAUGCGACCACAUCAACCUAACACCACAUUCUGUGAUGAAUGUCAAAUUGGCUGCUCAGGUACUCAGCUAUUCAGUAGGAACACUACUUAAAGCCUCAGGAAGAGAUGAUGUCCUAGAAACUGCCAAAUUUGUCUUGCUGAUGGAUCGCUUCUUUGAUUGUUUGAACGUUCGGUCUGUCAACGAAGGCAAAUAUAAACGUAAACCAGAUCUGCUACCAUACACUGAUGUGAAGGAUCCACGGUUCGAGUUCUUACAGAAGGAAUUCCUUGGAUAUCUCAGUGAAUGGAAAAAAUGUGUUGAAAGCCGUCCUGGAGAAUACACGAAAACUGAGCGGGGAAAGAUGUUUCUGAGUGAUCAGACUUACCAGGAGCUCUGGACAACAGCGAAUGCAGCUAUAGAAGCCACACAGGACCUACUGAAGAAUGGUGUCAAAUUUGUACUGACAAACAAGUUCUGUCAGGAUCCCCUGGAAGAGCACUUUGGUCGACACCGAGGUAUGGGAAGAAGAUCUGAAAACCCUACAUUGUGGACAUUUGGAUACCAGGAAAAUAAGAUCCGUAUCCAACGGUCACUAGCACUCACAAUUUGUCCUAAGGGUAAUGUCUCUGGUGCAAGAAAACGAAAAGAUAACAUCGAAAUAACGUCAAGCCCAAUGAAGAAGAUAAAACGUCAGAGGAAUAAGACACUGAAGAAUUAAGAUAUAGAUUGGAUAAACACUGCUAUAUUGUAAACACAUGUUUGAAAUAAUUCUUGGAACCAUAGACAAUAGUGUACACCGAUUGAAUUGACUCCAUGUUGAAAAUGGUUUCAUAUAUUGAAUUUAAUAACUGGAAUUUAACUUUUGGUAUUAUAUAUCACAGAUAAGAGUCUACUCAUUAUGGUAUUCAGUCUG